UACCUCUAGAGCUUCUGACAGCGUUCUUCGCCACCCAUUCUCUUUCCUUUCUAGAACACAAACUCCCAAUCAAGGACUCGUCGCAAACAGACCAUUAAGUUUCGACCAAACCAAUAAUUUUGGGAUUUUGUCUUCCCAACAGUCUUUUAACUCUGCUCCUCUUAUCAGGAUCCCCAAGACCCCUCACAUUCCAAAUGCAUCUGUUUGUAUCCAUCCCUCAGCGAUCAUUGCAGUGCCCACCUCUCCCUUGUUUGACCUUCCUUGGACCUGUCGGAGGAGAACCCUGAGGCCCCAACCUGAAUAUCUCCAUCUCCAACUUGGAACGGGAGCUCCUGAUCUUUCUUUGAUGAAGUGCAAUAGCAGAAUUGGCGAUCUGUCUGUCCAGUUCUUCAGACCCCCCUUUGUGGCCCAAUUCUAAUAAUGUCCCCACCAAUAUGCUUGUUUUGACCAGGGAUUCCUUAUUAAAAGGAAAAACAUUCAUAUCCCAAUCAUGAAUGCUGGUAGAGGUAGCAAAGACGGGGAAGAUAGGUCUUGUAUAGCUUCGGCGGAGGAAACGUCUUCAUUUCUCGGAGUUGAAGGAGUUUCCGAAAUAGGAGUCAGCUCAAUCCCGGUAGACUAAUUUGAGAUUCCAUGACAGAACUGUCUUCCCAGGACGGUAUCUCGUCGAAAUCAAAAGAUUCAUUAACCCUCGCCAUCCUAUAUGAACCUGAAGCCCUCGCAAAAUCCUCGAUAAAUACUAAUUUAGGUUGAGACCCAUAGAGGCAGACACGAGGAGUCACCCCUCUAUCCAAUCGUACAUCCACAAACUUCCAAGGACAGAACCAGUUGAAUCAAUCGAGAUCGACGCAACACAGCUGGGCCUACUUCCAAAAAAAAGCCCAGACGAGGCCCCCCAUAAUUGAAAGUGAAAGGAAGAAUAGUGUUGGAGUGAGUUCUUAAAAAGAGAGCAUUGAUCGUUAAAAGUAGUGUGGCAAAUGUUUAAUUCUCUAGUACCCACCUCAAAAAGAAAAUAAAAAGGAAAGUAGAAAGAAAAAGAAAGGGAAACGAAAAAGAGGUAAUAAAACGGGGUAAAUAAAGUAGAGAGUGCUACAAGGAAUCAAAGAGUAUGCUCUAGGUGAGGUUUCUUGGCACACAAGCCAUUGAAACCUCCGCAUUGUCUUAGAACUCCUUCGCUGCCAAAUCAAAGUGUGAUAGCAAGAGUGGACCGAGGGAGAGUGCUUAAGGGAAGUUCAUGAUGGGUGAUAGUUUGGAAGGGAGAAGGAAGGUUUUUGACCGAUGCUAGUGGUCAUUGUUUGUGAGGAAGGUUCUUAGUCGAAACCAUAGAACCUUUGAUUUUAGGGUGAAGAUGUAGGACCUCAUGAUGUGUUUGCCACCACCCAAAAAAGCCUUUUCCCCAUUUCCAAGACAAUUGCCAGUCAUUUGAACCCGUGUCUAAGACCUUCGGACAAGCUGAUGACAACCGUUCCGUGAACUCUAGCAUUUAGAGGUUGCUGCCAUGGAGUUGAGACGAUAGGGCUGAGAGUUGAUGAUUGUGCACAUUUUUUGCACCAAAAGGUCCCGACCCCACUAGUCAAGAGAGUGAGUGAUUCAUUCUUGUUUGGAUGUCAUAUCAUACCCCAAUAAGGACCUUUGUUGCCCAUCCGUUUGUUCCAUGGACUUGAACUCUAUGCAUGGUUAGUUGUGGUUGGUAAGUGAUCUUUUUGAGACUUGCAUUAAUCCAUGAACAAGGUGAGAACUUUUCAUUUGCUCAUUUCUGGUAGCCUCGAAUGUCGUUUGUGGCGGAUGUCGGUAUUGCUUGCAAUGGUCCUUGUGUUAAUUGCCAAUAGCCAUUUGAGAUUCACCACUUUGUGCCCUUUGAAUUGUCCCCAAAGCAUUUUGAUAGGUUGAGUUUUUACCUUGUGUGAAAUGGUUUGCUUGGGGCGAUGACUUGAUAUAUACACAUGUUUUUAUCCACCAUUCAUGUACCGUUUGAGUCUCAUCUCUCGUGUUUUAGGUCGAUUUCAUGCUAGGUUGUUCUUGUUUGUGAUAUUUCAGGUCCUAGUACGUGAAAUAAGGUUUGGGAACGAGUUCGGGUUCGAUUGAACGAAGUUGGGACGUUUGACGAAAAGCUGGAAAUUCCACACGGGCAUACCUAAAUUCCACAUGGUCGUGUGACUUGGCCGUGUGACACCAAUUUGCAUGGGCAAGCCACACUGGCCGUGUAGGGGACCCCUUGUGGCCGUGUGGAAUGUCCAGGGAGCUCACACGGCCAGACUGGAAAUCUACACGGUCGUGUGACUCUGGCUGUGCAGCGUGCCUGAAGUCCACUAAUCGAAACGCGGCGUUUUCACAUCCACACGGGCAGACUGGAAAGCCACACGGUUGUGUGGCCUGGCCGUGUGGUCGGGAAAUUCUGGGUUUUAACCCAAUUUCGAGCCAUCGUAGAGGGAAUCGACUUUUUGGAGCAAAAACAGAGUUUUAGAGAGAGAAAGUGCGAAGAACAAACCCUAGGAGCUAUUUGGAGUGGAUUUCUCACCAUUGAAGCCCAGAUUGCAUCCCCAGGAGUGAAGAUCAUCAUCCCAGAGCAGAUUAUCCUCAUUGUUAUGAGUAUGACUACUCUGAUUUCUGUUUUCCUCUCUCUCUCUAUGGAGUAGAACUUUCUCUCACUUGGGUAUGAAGAACCCUAGUUCCAUGUGUUAGGGAUCUUGAUUGUAAUGACUUGGGAUUGUUAUACUGUUUGAUUUCAAUCAAUUGAUGCAUGAUUCAUUGAGUCAAUUGAAGUCUGAUCAUCUUUCUUGAUUUCUGCUGCAACCUGAGAUAGAUAGAAUCUGAUUAGGCUGUUAGAGCUUCAUCAAUCGGUAGUGGUAGAUUGGUUAUACGAGAGUUAAUCGAUUUACUGCUUUGUACAGGAACCCAAUUCUAGUAGUGGAGUUAUGUGCUUAUAGCCUCAGCAGUCUAUCCCGGUGAAGGUUAGUCGCCUGUCGGUUAGCCUGUCUGAGAGAGCUUGGUCAGCUUAAGAGAUUCCAAGCUAUCUUCCGCAGUUUAAUCAACAGUUAAUCAACCCAGGGUAAUUACAACCUCGACCUAACUAAGGAGCUAGGGGGACUCAUUCCCGAGUGACUCUUCCCUUGCUUUAGAAAACCGAACCAUUUCCUGCUUUCUUAUUGCUUUUAGUUAAAAUCACAAUCACUCGACUUAGUUUGCUAGAUAAUAGAUAUUCACGGAGUAGGCAGUAGAUCUAGACCCUGGGUUGACAAAUAGAGCUUGCUUGUUACUGCAUUUCUAGACUGCGAUUACACUUGGUCACAGUUUGGUGUUGUGUUCUAGCGUGUCAAGUUUUUGGCGCCGUUGCCGGGGAACCUCUAGGUUAUUGUAAAAACGUGAAAGUCUGUUACUUUAGCGUUUUUCUUUUCUUUUCCACCCUUGCUUUUGACUUGGGUGUUAUGUUUUUGUUGGUGCAGAUCUGAAACAUGGAUCCUCAUGGCUUCUCCAACCAUUGGGGGUAUCAACCACCAUCCGGGUGGUAUUACCCUGAGACUUCCUGGAGCAAUCAAGGAGGAGAAGACUAUGGAUUUGGAUGUCAGUACCAACCCCCUACUACAGAGAACAACCAAACCCUUGGGAACCUAAAGAACUAUAUCCUUUUCAAGGAGAAUUCCUGCCACAACCAGAGGGGCCAUCUGAGUUGGAGUUAGCCAUGUAGGCCUUCACGGGCCACUUGGCAGAACCAUGCUACACUCCACUGGCAGAUCCAAACAAAAAAUUGAGGCUUCUCGUGGAGCAGUUUGCUCGAGACACUGAGAGAUCAUGCUCCAAGAUGGAUCUUCAAAUCCAAGCCCUUGCCCCUUAUGAUCCCUCAUUUCUCCAUGAAAUGGAGGAGUCUGUUCAGUGCUUAGCAAAGCAAACAGAGUGGGUGGAGCAAGUUUGCGCACAACUUGCUCAAGAUCAACUUUUUGCUACCAUACUAGAAGAGGAGGAGGAUGACGAAGGCAAUGAGGACAUUAAGGAGCAUAUAGAAGUUGUCGCGGAGAGCUCCUAUAAUAGUCAUGAUCUGGAAUGUCCUAUGGUGGCAGGUCACACCUUUCUCCAUCUCUCCUCUAACACGAUGGGCCCGAGCCAGGAGAUGCAAGAUGAUCUCAUCGAAGAAAUGGCUAGGCGACUUGCUCUCCAAUCCGUGCUGGAAGAAGAAGCGCGAGAAAGGGUGAGGAAAGAAGUUGUGGAGGAUGACAGAAAUGAAGCACAAGGAGUUCUUGAUCUAUACCAAGGGGAGAGACCACAUUCUGAAGAAGGAAGGGGGGUUGAAGAAGCAAGUGGUGUCCAGGCUGAGGAUGAAGGUGAGGUGGAAGAGGCUUGCACUGGCCCUAUGUUACAUGUGAUUUCUCCACCGAACUUCGAGGAGCUGCUUGGCAAGGACCCAUUUGCAGUGUCUCUUUGCCAGACCAAGACCACGUCAACAACGAUACCUCUUGGUGGAUGUGAUGGUGGUCAAUCGAUGGUAUCUUAUAUGGUUUGGGGCAAUGAGACAAGAGCAGACGCGAAGGAGAGGUCUCGAAAGUGGAGACUUCAUCUUCCUCAAGGCCACGAGCCAUCUUCAUCACCUAUCACAUCACAUGCUCGUGACUUGAGACUCUACCUUAUUAAUGAGAACCUCAACUUCAAGGAGGUUCUAGCAUGGACCAAAACUUAGGAGCCACCGUCCGGCUAAGACGUAAAAGAAGCGCUUGUGGGGAGGCAACCCCACCAAGGUUUGUUUUUCUUUCGUUUGUUUUUCGAUUUGUCCACUUGGAACUAUGGUUUCUAUCACCCAGUGUGUUUUGAUGACUCUAGCCCUGUGACUGGUCCCAUUUCCAGCCCCUCCGACAAUCCUUUUCCCGGUAACAUCGUUUCCCCUUAUCUUUCCCUCUGCUCCAUUGAGGGCAAUGUCGUGCUUAAGUGUGGGGGGUGGUAUCUAUUUUUGACUGUUAUAUGAGUUUGUGUGCUUGGAGCCUAGUCCACUGUCCAAUUUGAUGAAUUGAGGGCUCCAAGUACUGUUCCCUGCAAAAUCCUGCUCAGUAUGCUUUGAAUUGACAGUCUUCAUGGUGAUAUGCAACCUAGGGAGGUAGUUGUAGCACUAUGGAGGAUGUUGAAGUAUAAGAUUUUCUAUCUGUCUCUCUGCUGUGCCGGUUGAUUUUGUGAACUAGUGGAUUUAGGACCGUUGAUUCAUGUGGUAUUGAUGACUCCUCUUAUGUUGUGUUGUGGACUCGUAUAUUGAAAAAGGGUGCUCAAGUGUGAAAUGAAAAAGCAGUUGGUCC